AUAUCGAUGAUGAAGUGGUUGACCGACCGGUGCUCUAAAGUGAAGUAUGUGCUCAAAGUGGACGACGAUAUGUUUGUCAAUAUGCAACACAUUACUGAUUUUAGUGAAACCAGAAAUUUCAACAAGUGCAUUAUCGGAAAAUUGGCCAAAAAGUGGAAACCACACCGAAACACAAACAACAAGUGGUAUGUGCCGUCCCGUGCCUUCAACGGCACCACAUUCCCAACCUUUGCCACCGGACCGGCGUAUAUGAUAUCGGGAGACGCCGCUCAACCCCUAUACGAGACCAGCAUUAAGGAGCGGCCCAUGUAUUUAGAAGACGUGUAUAUGACUGGUAUAGUGGCGGAGAAAGCGGGCAUUCGGCGUCUGAAUCACGCCAUGUUUCGCAACACUCACAUCAAAAACAUUGACGAGUGUGUGUUUCGGCGCGUAAUGACCAGUCAUAAGCACACACCACAGGAUAUACGCCGCCUGUGGGCUCUCGUUUACCAACAGCCACAGAAAAUAUGCUCAACGCCCGCACCGCCAAAGACUGUCAAACCCUCGGCCGUCGCUAAUAACGCCGGCGCCGUUAAACCGCCGCAACCGUCGGUUACCGUUGCCAACAAAAACGUAACCAAAUCGCUCCCACCGGCUGCCAGUGGUUGACCCAACACAACACCCUAUCAAACAACU